AAUAUGUUGGCCUUGAUCUACGUUCUCCCGUCUUCACCCACGGCCAACUCUAUGUCGCGCUCUCUCGCGCCACCGCCUCGCACAACAUCAAAGUCCUCAUUGACGGUGAUUCAAAUGCAAACACUGUCCAGAACGUUGUCUACCCCGAGGUCCUCCUCGACUAGACCGCCAUGAGACCUUUCGCGAAUAAUCCCCAUCUUUCUAUGUCGUCACUGAUGUCUACUCCAGUGCGUAUAUACCAUACAUUGCCCGCCCCGUCCCCCCUCAUCCACAAUGUCCUCCCGCAACGCCUCCGUCAUCAUCGAGGGUUUGGCUGUUGUCCGCGUCCUCCGGUCUCUUCAGUCGUUAACCACCGAAUACGAAGCUUCCUUUUCCACUGUCAUAAAUCCUGAGUACGGCUGCCCCGUCAAUGUCCACGCUCUUCUUCGCCAUUUCUCGCGAGAUCCUGCCCCCAGUAUUCCUGCGCAAGGAGCGCUGUAUCAUGUGAUGGCUAAGGUCGUCAAACUUGAUCGCGGCGCAGAACAAAUCCCCCAAAAUGCGAACAGACAGCCCCAGGAGUAUAUGCUAGGUGGCGAUAUCAUCCGAAUGAAGCCCUUCCGCCUACCGAAAACCUCUGAUCCCUCAAAGAAGAAGGAACCCCUCGACAAUGUGACGAACGAGUGGCCGGCUCUCAUCAUGGUCGCCGCCCACGUAUCCUCCACCCACCCAACCGACUUCAGCUACACUUUCCGUGCCAGCCAAUGGACGGCGCACAACCCGAGAGGCUCCAUCAAUAUCAAGGCCAUCAUCCCGAACGAGUCCAAGUGGUCGAAAGACAAGCUGCGCGGUGUACCAACCAUAAAUACUAUUGUUCAUGUCACCGGCCAUCUGCAGGGCGUUGAAUUCCCCUCUGUUGCGUCUUCCGACAGCGACGACGACAAUAGCGCGGCAAACUCCGCCCCGGAUCCCGACCCCUUCUUCGUCAUCGAGGUAUCGUCUUUCCUCGAAUAUCUAUCUGGCCGGAACGAACCCACCACCCCCGGCCCUUCAUCCACUCAAGCAACCACUACUAGCAGCGCACCAUCCUCUCCUUCGAAGCCUUCGCUUUCCAUGGCAAGAGCCCGGAAAAGCCACGCAACGAACACCACCCCCACGAAGGCCACAAUUCCGCCCUCCCAGCCUUCGUCAUCGCGAAUCCAACCCCAACCAUCGUCUUCUCGCGCGCUGGAGAAGCAGCCUGAGCCCGGUAAUCGGCCGGCCAAUCCGCAGCCGAACCCGUCCCCUUCGUCGACCCUCACGAACGUUGAGAGCGAUGACGACGCCGAGGAGUCUCCUUCGAGGAAGAGGAAACGCGGAACUAAGUAGUUACAGUCC